AAUGAUUGAAACAGUGAUUCAGCUGCUUGACAGUGCACAUAGAAACAUCAUCAGAGCUUACUUUCCCUGGAACAUUGGAGCUGAGUAAUAAUCAGGAAAAAGAUUUGUUUUUUCAGGAGAUGAUAAUGAAUUUCUGCACAAUCCCAUAUGGUAUCUACAGGACAAAAAAGUAUAAUGAGGAAAGGAGAAAAGUUCUUAAGAAUAGGCCUAGCUGAAUGACAACAUUUCCAUACUUUUCCAGGGAGAAAAGAUAUGGGAAUUCUCACGAUUUGGAGUGAUGAUCCAAAUCCCUCUUCCUCCUGAACUCCAGCGUACAAGCUGUUUAGAGAGCCAUUCUCAUCACAAAACUGUGCCAGUGAUCAGUUAUAUUGUGGGGAAGCACAUGUGCCGGGUAUGAUGAUGUGCUGUUUUUCUUGCUUGAGGUGUGCCACAAUCACAUGCUCUGCUGGUGCCAGGUCUCAGAAAGAAGUGAAGCUUAUCAGUUGCUUUGAUGACAGGUAUUUGAUUCAGGCCUGGGGCUGGGACAGGCAGAGGUUCCAUCUCCACCCUGCUUCUGGAGUGACUGCCCUGCUGAUGUCAAAAGUUUUUUACUUCAUCUCCUGGCACUAAGAUUUUAUUUUCAUAACAGCACCAAGAGCAGUGGAACUGGAAUAGGCGUGUCUGUUCCCCACCCUCUCCAUCCCAUUUGCUUUUAAAGCUGCCCUAUAAGAGUGGGAGUGCAGAACUGCUGCUUCCCCAGGAUUACAGGAACUGAGAUUACUCUGUUACUGAAUACGCUAGGAAUUCUCCUCCAGCCACUACCACCGAAACCUCAGCUUCCAUACAGGAGACAGAAAAGGUAUUUCGAAGACACUUCUGCUUUGGCCUGUUCCGUUAGUCAAUAUGGCUGGCACAGCACCUCCUUCAGGCUGUGGCAACAUUGGCUCUGACUAUUAUCUCCUCUGUGACACUAACCGAGCCUGGGGCAUCGUCCUGGAGUCACUGGCUGCUGCUGGAGUUGUUACCACAGUCAUACUCAUGUUCUCACUCCUUUUCCUCAUCUGCAAAGCCCAAGACAACAGCAAGCGAAACAUGAUUCCUGUCUAUUUCCUUUUCCUCUUAGGUACCUUAGGUAUCUUUGGCCUUACCUUUGCCUUCAUCAUUAAUUUAAAUGAGAGGACUGGCCCAACACGCUUUUUUCUCUUUGGGGUUCUCUUUGCCCUCUGCUUUUCCUGUCUCCUGACUCAUUCCUCAAAUCUCAUGAAGCUGGUGAGGGGGAAGACUCCCAUUUCAUGUUUGGUGCUGCUGAUUCUUCCCACUGGCUUCACUCUAGUUCAGAUUAUCAUAGCUAUAGAAUAUAUAGUCAUUAAGACGAACUAUUUAAACUUUACUGAGAUGUCUCGGGACCAACGCAAUAUUGACUUUGUCAUGCUUCUGAUCUAUGUCCUCUUCUUGCUGGCUCUCACCUUCCUGAUCUCAAUGUUCACCUUCUGUGGUCCUCACAAAGGCUGGAAGAGGUCUGGAGCACACAUUUUUUUCACUGCCCUGUUCUCCAUAGCCAUCUGGGUGGUAUGGAUCACCAUGCUCAUGAGAGUCUUAACCAUACAAGACAUGUGGGAUGACCCCACCCUCAGCAUCGCUCUGGUGUCCAAUGGCUGGGUCUUCCUAAUCAUGUACAUAGUGCCUGAACUCUGUUUCCUCACCAGCCCAAGCAGACCUGAGGACUACCCUCUGGAAAAUAAUUUCUGUCAACCUAAACACAUAAAGCAGAGUUCUGGAAUGGAAAACCGAGCCUAUAGCCAGGAGGAGAUCAUGCAAGAAGGCAAUGGAGACCUAGCUUAUAGCACAUAUUCUCCUCAUUUUCAGUUGAAGACCCUUGACCCCCAAAAGGAUUUCUCCAUUCCACGGCCUAAAACUCGAGGAAGUCCAUAUGAAGAGUAUGCUGGUGGGAAAGAGACCAAGUAGUAACUCAUCAAUGAACAGAGAGACAAUGUAUGGUCAGAAAGGGGCUAUCGGGACAGGCCACAUGGUGUUUCUCUCAUGCUACAAAGAGAGUCAGACUGAUGGUGCUGCAUCUGAUGAAAAAGAAAGGUCUUGCCUUCUUCCCCUACCCUCUUUUGGUCUGCACAUGUAGCUUUUUAGUUCCCAUUCUCUCCUAGACCAAAAGAGGAUGUUUAGACCUAUCCUGCCCUUCGUCUCAAUUCUCUCCUCUCAACCAUGUGGCUUAGCUCAACAGCCAUCACACAACUACUACAUGUGUGAAGAUCAUAUCUUCUAGUGCACCAGAGCUCCUUGGUGCUGGUCCUGGUAAUCAGACAGGUCAUCAGCUGGACCCCAAAACCGUUCAGCCGGGCUUCUAAAUUCUGAUCAGCGGACACUGGUUGUGUUGUGCC